AUGGAGACCCAUGUUAAGUCGGCCACAAAGCUGUCUUUCGUUCAAAAAGCCCGGACGGGUCACUGGUUCCUGAUAGAUGGAGAAUGUACUGUCUACGUGAGUGUGAGAUUGCGUCUUCGGUUAACCUACGUCGCUCCGCGUGAUCGCCGAAAACCUGAGCACACAUUUUGUCACGAGGAUGCCUCGAAGCCCUGUCUCCAGUGCCUGCAAAUCAACCCUGGAGGACCCCGUUCAAGAUCGAUCAGUAGGUACAUUGUCUUAAAGACUGGAACAGCCAUUUUUGAAGCCAAGCGGAUAGUCGAUGCUUAG